AAGAAUUUUUUGAAACACCAGACGACCGCAAGAUGGCGCUGGGCUCCACAAUUUGGUUACUUGCUCUUCUGCUCAGCACGGCGAACUGCCAACCGAUACCAGACCCCGAGCCCCAGUACCCCUGCGCAGACUACCAGCCCUGCGAGACCUGGGAGCCUCCACCCUGUGAACCCUGUCCCCCACCAUGUCCUCCACCAUGCCCUCCGCCCUGUCCACCACCCUGUCCACCGCCCUGUCCCCCACCUAACCCGCUGCCCUGUGCCGAGGAUGAGGUUGUGCAGAUUGGACCAUGCAACCCUUGCGAGCGGCCGAUCAACUAUUUGUAUGGACAGGCACCCCCUGGAUCAAUCAUUAUCAGACCUGGCCAGGUUCGUUUUAGGCAGCAGCAACCGAUCACAGUGAAGCCUGGGCCCAUCCAACUACCACCACCGGCCGUGGUAUGGGUCAAGCCGGCGGCAGUUCAACCCGACACGCCAGCGCCCAUCAACGUACGCCCCCCGCCAGUUCAGCCGCCCACGCCUGCGCCGAUCACUGUCAGGCCCAAACCCGUAACGCCACCCAGACCACAGCCCGUUGUCGUCAGACCAGCACCGGUACCAGUACCAAAACCAGCGCCCAUUAAGGUACAACCACCACCAGUACAGCCACCGGCACCUGAAUUAUUAGUUGUAAAGCCUCCUAGGAUCAGCGUACCGGGACUGCCCGUCGUCUGCUUCCAGCCCAACCCUUCAUCUUCCUUCAGGACGUCAGGCAGCGCGCUCAUAUCUCUCUACCAGUCGCGACAGCCGUGCCCCGAACCCAUUCCACCGUGUCCUCCAGUACCAAUACCGCCGUGUCCCCCCGGACCAAUUCCACCCUGUCCCCCUAUACCAAUAAAUCCGUGCCCAAUACCCAUACCACAAUGCCCACAACCGUGCCCCAUACCAAUUUGCGCGUAACUAAAUACGAUGAUAUCUUCAUAUA